UGUUUCUUUGAAGAAAUAUGAUGUCUUUGAGAAAAAUUGCAACACACAUAGAAAACAAGUAAAGGUAAUUAUAUUAGAAAUGAAAAACAAGUGCGUUAUAAUAAGAAAAAAAGAAAAUUCGUUAUGAAAUACUUUUUUGUUGUUUGCUUAUCUUGAAAACACUGUUCUAUUUGAAUAAAUCUACUACAUAAAACUAUAUUUAAAUCAUCCACUACACGGUGAAUGCAUACAUUGUUUUUAAAUGUUAUGAAUAACAUUAAAAUAUUGCUUCUCGCUCACUUGCAAUUAAAUAUAACCAGAAGAAUAUAACCACAAGAGUCAUAUAUCUAUCUGGUCUUUGUGUAACGGGAAAGACAAAGCUGCAUGGUGGCGCUGUUUGGAUAGAAGUUCAGCUUCCUAAAGCUGAGAUGGGGUCUCGAUGUCAUUUCACCGUGACUGUGGGAAGAGCGGACAGCUCCGUGGUGCUGAAACCACGCUGUGAUUGUGAAGCAAUUGGGAUAUUUCUCUUUUUGUACAGGAUUUUUAUUUUGUGAAAAAGAUCGCAUCCAAGUGCGUGGAUUAAAAGCAUCUGUCACGUGCACUUUUUUAAAAUUGAAAUCUCGUUAUCCUGUUUUGCUGCACAACAAUGGGCCGUGCUGUAACAAAGCGCUCUGAUCAAAGGUACGUGCUGCUCAUCAUUCUUUUAGCCCUCGUUCACCACCUAUCAGCCUCCGUGACUCAUUACUCCAUACCCGAGGAGAUGAAAGAAGGAUCGGUCGUGGCUAACCUCGCUACUGAUCUCGGUCUGGACGUCACAACGCUGACAAAGAGAAAACUGCGCCUCGAUAUCAUCGCUAACAACAAAUAUCUGGAUGUAAACAAAGAGACUGGGGAGCUGUACGUUGUUGAGAAGAUCGACAGAGAACACAUUUGUACAUUUAAAUCUUUAGUUUCUUGCUAUCUCAGGCUGGAAAUAACGCUAGAAAACCCCGUGAGAAUGUUUAACAUUGAGGUAGAGAUAUUGGACAUAAAUGACAACGCCCCGCAGUUCCGGAGAGACGUCAUUCAUUUAGACAUUUCUGAAGCGACACCGAGAGGAGAGAGGUUUUCUCUCAGCAAUGCGGUUGAUCCUGAUGUGGGAUCUAAUUCAGUGAAGACAUAUCAUCUAAGUGAAAGUGAACAUUUUAAUAUAGAAGUUCAGUCAGGUAGAGAAGGUUCAAAAUUUGUUGAUUUGAUCCUAAUAAAAACGCUAGACCGGGAGCAGCAGUCCGUUCAUAAUUUAAUUCUAACAGCGGUAGAUGGGGGAACACCUGCUCGUUCUGGCACCGCCAGCGUUAUUGUUCGUGUUCUAGAUACUAAUGAUAAUUCACCCACGUUUGAAACAAACAGUUUAACUGUUAAAAUCCUGGAGAAUUCACCAAUAGGAAGCCUUGUUAUUGAUCUGAGUGCCACAGAUUUAGAUGAAGGAUCCAACUCUGACGUCACAUAUUCAUAUAGUUUAUAUACAUCAGAGAAAACACAGGAGACGUUUAAUCUGAAUCCAACCUCAGGAGAAAUUACUGUUAAAGGAAUGUUGAACUAUGAGGAUUUCAGGAUUUAUGACAUGGAGGUGAUAGCAACAGACAAAGGAGCCACCAGCUUAUCAGGACAAUGUACCAUCAAGAUUCUAGUAGAAGACAUGAAUGACAACCACCCGGAGAUUUCUAUUAAAUCCUUCCAGAGUCCAGUGAGUGAAAACAUCAAGUUAGACACGGUGAUAGCUGUAGUUAGUGUGAGUGAUAAAGACUCAGGGGACAAUGGAAGGGUUGAUCUUUAUAUUCCAGACAACAUGCCUUUCAAACUGAGGGAGUCCUCUGAUAAUUAUUAUGAGUUAGUGGUGUCAGAGCCAUUAGACCGAGAGAAGGUCCCAGAGUAUGACAUCACUUUCACUGUGACAGACAGAGGUUCUCCUCCUUUAUCUGACAAUGAAACAAUGACUUUAGAGCUGCUGGAUGUUAAUGACAAUGUUCCCCAGUUCCCCCAGUCUUUUUAUACCAUACGUGUGAUGGAGAAUAACGCCCCCGGGGCCUUGCUCAGCUCCCUCAAUGCCUUUGACCCUGACCUCCAUGAGAACCAGUAUCUAGUGUAUUUCAUCCUGGAGAAGGAGAUUGCCAACACCUCCAUGUCCAUGCUGUUCUCCAUCAACCCAGAGAACGGGAACCUUUAUGCACUGAAGACCUUUGACUAUGAGAUAGAGAAGGACUUUGUUUUCCACAUCGAGGCCAGAGACUCUGGUUCUCCUCCUCUCAGCAGUAACGUGACCAUCCACAUCAUCAUUGUGGACCAGAAUGACAACGGUCCAUCUAUCGUGUCUCCGUGGUGUGAGCGUGGCUCGGUGGUGGAGGAGAAGAUCCCCAGAUCCACUGACAAAGGCUCUCUGGUUGCCAAGGUGAUAGCCUUGGACAAGGACUCUGUGCACAACUCUCGGAUCACCUACCAGUUCCUGCAGCUGGCUGACGCCUCCUUGUUCAGUCUGGACCAGUACAACGGAGAGAUCCGGACCAUGAGGAUGUUCAGUUACAAAGACCCGCGCCACCACAGGCUGGUUGUUGUUGCCAAGGACAACGGGGAGCCCGCUCUGUCUGCUACGGUCACCAUCAAGCUGCUGACAGUGGAGACUGCUGUGAAGGCCUACUCUGACAUGACUGAGAUGUCUCUGGAAUACGACAUCUUCUCAGACAUCAACCUGUAUUUGGUGAUCGGUCUGGGCUCGGUGUCCUUUCUGCUGCUGAUCACCAUACUGGUGACCAUCGUGCUGAAGUGUCAGAAGGUGAAACCCAGCAAAUCGGCUCCUCCCAGCAGGAACAGCGUGAUCAGUGAGAGGAACUCCACCAUCGCAGACUCCACUCUGGUGUCCAACGAUGCCUACUGGUACAGUCUGUUUCUAGCAGAGACCAGGAAAGGAAAGCUGGUGGUCAGACAGCCUGUGCCAAAGGGCUCUAGAUACAUCGUGUCCAGCAUCCCCAGAGGGACAGGACUGUCAGAGACCAGCGACUCAGCAGCUUCCACUCUGCAGGUAGGCAUUAAACACCUUUUUAUGUGGUCCUACGAAUUUUUAAUCAAUGUGUUUUGACCUGGAGAUGUAUCAAAAUAAACCCCUUUCAUUUGAUUAUAUUAAUAUUACAAUAUAAACAGAUUAAACUGUAGCCUUUGCAGUAGUGUCUGUCUGUCUGUCUGUC